AAUGCAUGCACCUUGCCUGUUGGUAAUUGGUAUUUAUUUUCUUCCCAGACAACCAUUUCGUGGCAAAACAAGUUCAAGAUCAAACCCUUAUAGAUACCUGUAUCGCUGCGGUUGCCUUGACUGCCUGUUUGAGCUGUCUUCCUGCGAGCAUCAUAUAUUAUAUCUCCGACCAACAAACCACUGCAAAGGGAGUUGAACAACAUGCCAACAAUAAAAAUUCAUUGCAGUUACGAUGAUCACUUGGACCCAAUCGACGGUUUUGUUUAUUUGUCGGUUCUCCAAACCCUGUCUUCUUUGCAAGCCUUGGUGCUAUCAGAUGCACCACUAAAGAUGAUACGGUUGGUCUACGAAGCAGAUCCGUCUGCCAUGAACGAUGAUGUCUUCCUGGAUGCAUGUCGACAUAGCAAAAGAUGCGACGUAAUUCAGUUUCUCAAGGAGCUUGUAGAACCCAGUGUGUAUUCACCUGCGAAAAUUGCCAGAAUCAUGUUGGAGCUUUUUGAGAAUGACCACAGCUUCGAUGAUGAAAAUUUUGUUACCCUCUUCAAAAUGUUUCCAGAAGCCGCAUACUACAAUGACCUUCCAGGUCAAGUUUCGGGCCCUUUCCGUGCCAUGUUUACUAAUGACUAUUGGGGUGAUAAGCUCCAUGAUGAAGUCAGGUGUGACAUGAUACGGCACAUUCCUGGUGAUAUCAAGCUCAUCAAAAUUGGGAGCUUGGAUAGAAAUAGGGAAGCUGAAUCGAAUAUAGAGUGCAGAUCCUUAUUGGUGACAAAGUUGAAAGAUUUGAAAAACCUCCAAGAAUUAGAAUUGCCUGUUGACGUGGGAGACAAAACGGAUCAAAAUCUGGUGGAAGCAAUUUGCCACUUGAUAUUGUUGGGGCCAUUGAAGACUCUCAGGAUCAACAGCAGUGGAUUUGAUGAUGACGAUGAAGAGCAAGAGGGAGACAGUGAAGGGAAAGACAAACAGAGUGGGUUCUUUCUACCAAUUCUAGAUGCUAUUGCUGUGUCUGGAAGCAACUCAAAGCUGAAACAUUUGUCACUGCCAGACUUUGAUAGUCAUGCGGCGGCGGGAGGUUACCGAGAUCGUAUGAUUGAGAUCCUACAGUGGAAUACAUCUCUGACUGACGUCGGCGUAGGUUAUGUUUCACAUUGGAGUGACGAGCCCAGUUUGGGGUAUAAGGAGGCAUUGAUUGACCAGCCGUUGAUUGACCAUUACACAACAAUGAACGAAUAUGGCAGGGGUUUAGUGCGAGACCCAAAAACGACACUGUGGACUAUUGUGGAUCUGUUAGAAAAGGCGACCGCAAGCUAUAGAGACUUUGUUAGGCGACAUCCUUACCGUGGCAAGAGAACGCUGUAUUACAUGAAGGACAUAGACCUAUCAACUGUCCGGGUUCUCAAUGGGCUAUUGAGGGAGGCACCUGGCAAAUGGAGCGAUAUAGCUUUGGAUGAAGACAAGAACAAGAACAAAAAGCCCUCAGCCAAAAGCCAACCAAAUCGGAAACGGAAAGCCUCUCAUUCCCUGGAUUGAAGCACAUGCUUGGACUAGUUCACUCUUUGUGCUUGGUGACUACCUACCGGUAGCUAGCUAGCUAGCUAGCACAUACUGUAUGUAGCCAAUUAAUCAAGAAUUUACUGUAGCAAAAAUCCU